ACUGCAUGCGACGUCUUGUGGUUGAAAUUGAAGUGUCGUAAAAGAAGCGAACUGGUUUCCGGUAACAAAACAGCUUCGUAUUUUUAGAUCAGUUUAAGGAGAAUAUUCACUGCAAUGGAAGAUGAAUUAGACAAGGUACAAAGAAUUACAAAGAGAAAGAGAGCUGUUUACUGAACAUAGAAAGUAGCUGUUUCUCGGCCAACAUUGACCAAAUGUCUUUCAGCUGGACAACAGUAGAACGAGACAGCCUUGGUACCCAAGGUGGUAAGCGAACAAAGAUGUCUCACCCAAUAACAAGCUGGGACAUCAAUGACUCUUUGGCUGCUGACUUUGAUGGCUCCCUCUCAGGUCUAGGCACAGAGCUUGGUACAGGGACAUACAAUAUGAGUGAGGCACUGCUGGCUCUACCGGUUUUCAAGCAGGAAAAUUUAGAUAAUGGAUUUCAGUACAUCUUAGGAGCAGCAACGUCUCCAGCUGUUAAAAUUAAUGAAGAAACUCUCACUUAUCUUAAUCAGGGUCAGUCAUACGAGAUUAAACUGAAGAAGCUUGGUGACUUGUCAGACAUGCAGGGAAAAUGUCUCAGGAGUGUGGUUAAAGUAUGCUUCCACGAGCGACGGCUACAGUAUAUGGAGAAGGAACAGUUGGAGUCGUGGAAACAGAUUCGACCGGGAGAGAGAAUCAUGGAUAUAGAUAUUCCACUGUCCUAUGGUUUAAUGGAGGUGAAUCUGGAUAGUAUGGAGGCUGGACAUCCACCUGGGGGUCUCACCACCCAGAACACUGCUCGAUUGAAUGGAGCAGAAGUGGUGUGGGACCCCACCAAGGAAGCAGGGGUUUAUAUCAGAGUCAACUGUAUCAGUACAGAGUUCACAGCCAAGAAACACGGCGGUGAGAAGGGUGUGCCUUUCAGAGUCCAGGUGGAAACUUAUGCCAAGGGGGAUGACAAUAAAUUGUUACACUGCGCCUCAUGUCAGGUCAAAGUAUUCAAGCCCAAAGGAGCAGACAGAAAGCACAAGAGGGAUAGAGAGAAGAUGGAAAAAAUGUCAGAAACAGAAAAAGAGAAAUUUCAGCCGUCCUAUGAAUGUACAGUAUUGACUGAGGUUCCUCUAGAACAAGUGUUAGCCAGCACAGCUACUAUAGGAGUGAAGUCUCCCUCCACAUUCUCAAGUCUGGCUCAGAGCUUCUCAGAGCUCAGUGCUACAAGAUCCCCAGCUGUCACAGUCAUUGGUCAUUCCCCGUUACGGACCAGUGGUCCGCCCUCUGCCUCAUCUACACCAAAUCACUCUGGGGACAACCAUGGUGAUGGCCUCACUCCCAUCCCUCUCAAUCGUAAUUCGUCUGAAAGCCCCAUUGAGACAUUAUCACCAGGAGCCCUCUCUGCUGAGGCCACAGCCAAUCAAGUGACUGCUUGGCUUCAAGCCAAUAGAUUCUUCAACUAUAGUCGUGUAUUCCAAAAUUUUUCAGGAGCAGAUAUUUUACGAUUAUCUCGAGAAGAUCUCAUUCAAAUUUGUGGCAUUGUCGAUGGAAUCCGGCUAAACAAUGCUCUACAAGACAAAGCUGUCCGACCAAGACUGACCAUCUUUGUGUGUCAAGAAAGUGACUCAGUGUACCAUGCCCUGUACAUGGAGAGUCUCUGUAGUCACGAGUUGACCUGUAAAUUGGCAGCACUAUACAGCGUGGGGCCAGAACAGAUCGCAGAGUUAUAUUGUCAGGGACCUUCAGAUAUCUAUAUCCUGGUAACAGAUGAGGUUGUGGGAAAUUUGGUGGAUCAGUCAAGAUUUUGCGUAGAAGCCAUCAAAUCUGACUCCUCCAAUCAGUACAAAGUUUUAUUAAAGACUAUUCCCUGAUAGCCUGCAAUGGAUUACUGUAGAAGAUCUUGGUUUGUUAACAACAUUUUAAUGUUAACUGUGACCUGGUAAUGUACAAUAUGUUACUGAAUACCAUUGCCAGCCAUACGAUGCCAACAGUUCUGCUGAAAACUUUUCUCUGAGUAAAGAAACUUCUACAGAUUAUUGUUUAUGAUGGAGCCUAUUUUGAAACAUUCUCUGCUGACACAAAAGAUGGAACAUUCUCUGAUGGCAUACAAGGAGUUAUUGAAAAUUCUGAACUUGCAGAAAGUCUUGAUGAACCAUUCUCUGAUGGCAUACAAAGAGUGGAGUUAUUGAAAAUUCUGAACUUGGAGAAAGUCUUGAUGAACCAUCUCUGAUGGCAUACAAGGAGUUAUUGAAAAUUCUGAACUUGCAGAAAGUCUUGAUGAACCAUUCUCUGAUGGCAUACAAAGAGUGGAGUUAUUGAAAAUUCUUAACUGGCAGAAAGUCUUGAUGAAACAUUUUCUGAUGGCAUACAAAGAGUUAUUGAAAAUUCUGAAUUGGCAGAGAGUCUUGAUGAAACAUUCUCUGAUGGCAUACAAAGAGUUAUUGAAAAUUCUGAAUUGGCAGAGAGUCUUGAUGAAACAUUCUCUGAUGGCAUACAAGGAGUGGAGUUAUUGAAAAUUCUGAACCGGCAGAGAGUCUUGGUGAAACACUCUCUAAUGGUACACAAGUGACAAUUAAGCCCAUUGUUUGUGAUAGAGUGUCUCCGUUUUACAGUAAUGGUGUACCUUAGGUGUUACCACACGCCACUGAUGCAUAUUGUACAGGGUGUUACUGAUGUGUAACAUUUCCAGAUAAGACAGAAAGUUGUUAAAUGUUGUGUGAGUGAUGAAAGCAAUGCGAUUUAUUAUGUAUAUUCUGAACUGUUUAUGAAGUAUGAAAGUAGUGGCAGCUACUUUGUCAGUCUCAUUGUGGUCUUGUCCAUCAUAUUGUGUGUUACCCGUCAUGGUACCUUGUGUUACCCAUCAUGGUACCUUGUGUAACCCGUCAUGGUACCUUGUGUUACCCGUCAUGGUACCUUGUGUUACCCGUCAUGAUUUCUUGUGUAACCCGUCAUGGUACCUUGUGUAACCCGUCAUGGUACCUUGUGAUACCCGUCAUGGUACCUUGUGUUACCCGUCAUGGUACCUUGUGUUACCUGUUACCUGUAAUGGUACCUUGUGUUACCUGUAAUGGUACCUUGUGUUACCUGUUACCUGUAAUGGUACCUUGUGUUACCUGUUACCUGUAAUGGUACCUUGUGUUACCUGUUACCUGUAAUGGUACCUUGUGUGGUACCUUGUGUUACCUGUCAUGGUACAUUGUGUAAACCACUGUGAUAUUUUGUGUGAACCAUCAUGGUACAUUGUGUUACUCAUCAUGGUAUAAUUUAUUGCCUGUCAUGGGAUCUUGAAUUAUCCAUCAGGUACUAUGGUAACUUGUAUCAUGUGUUACCAUCAAAGUAAAUGUCUUGGUAUUGAGUACAUGGUAUUGAGUACAUGGUAUUGAGUACUUGGUAUUGAGUACAUGGUAUUGAGUACAUGGUAUUGAUAUGGUAUUGAGUACAUGGUAAUGAUAUGGUAUUGAGUACAUGGUAUUGAGUACUUGGUAUUGAGUACAGGGUAUUGAGUACAUGGUAAUGAUAUGGUAUUGAGUACAUGGUAUUGAGUACAUGGUAUUGAGUACUUGGUAUUGAGUACAUGGUAUUGAUAUGGUAUUGAGUACAUGGUAUUGAGUACAUGGUAUUGAUAUGGUAUUGAGUACAUGGUAUUGAGUACAUGGUAUUGAGUACUUGGUAUUUAGUACGUGGUAUUGAGUACGUGGUAUUGAGUACGUGGUAUUGAGUACUUGGUAUUGAGUACUUGGUAUUGAGUACGUGGUACUGAGUACAUGGUAUUGAGACAUGGUAAUGAGUACUUGGUAUUGAGUACGUGGUAUUGAGUACGUGGUAUUGAGUAGGUGGUAUUGAGACAUGGUAUUGAGUACAUGGUAUUGAGACAUGGUAUUGAGUACAUGGUAUUGAGACAUGGUAUUGAGUACAUGGUAUUGAUUACUUGGUAUUGAGUACGUGGUAUUGAGUACGUGAUAUUGAGUACUUGGUAUUGAGUAUGUGGUAUUGAGUACUUGGUAUUGAGUACGUGGUAUUGAGUACUUGGUAUUGAGUACAUGGUAUCGAGUACUUGGUAUCGAGUACUUGGUAUUGAGUACUUGGUAUUGAGGACAUGGUAUUGAGUACUUGGUAUUGAGUACAUUGUUUUGAUAUGGUAUUGAUAUGGUAUGUAUCUGAUGGUACCUUAUGGUACCCGUCCUGAUACUUUGUUGCACACACUGAGAUACACAGUAUGGUAACUUUUGGUAUGUAUGUAGAAACUUGUGGCAUAUAUCACUUGUGGCACAGAUUGUAGUGACUUGUGGUACAUGUUUUGGUAUCUGAUGGUAAAUAUCGUGGUAACUUUUGGUAUAUGUUGUGGUAACUUGCAGUUCAAAUAGAACCUUAUGACACUAAUUAUACACAUGAUGACCUGUGGUACACUUGGUGUCACAGUGUGGCUCAUGUUAUGGUUACUUGCAGUAACUCGUGGCAUAUUUCAUGGUUACCUGUGGUGGAUAUCAAUGUGGCUAUUCGGACACAUGGUACACAAGUUAAAUUGUGGCACACAUCGUAGUAAUAUGUAAUUUGUAUGGAGAUACAGAUCAGAAUAAAACUAUCAUGUUGUUAAUCAUGUUGUUAAUGUACCUUAGUACAACAUUCAUGUAAUUAGGAUGUACAGUGGAAUUAUAUAAACAGUGAAAAUAAUAUUUGUGGUAUACAAUUGGUGAUUUACAGUCUCCAUGGUAUACAAUUGGUGAUUUACAGUCUCCAUGGUAUACAAUGGGUGAUUUACAGUCUCCAUGGUAUACAAUUGGUGAUUUACAGUCUCCAUGGUAUACAAUGGGUGAUUUAUAGUCUCCAUGAUAUACGAUGGGUGAUUUACAGUCUCCUUGGUAUACGAUGGGUGAUUUAUAGUCUUCAUGGUAUUUGAUGGGUAAUUUACAGUCAUCAUGGUGUACGAUGGGUGAUUUACAGUCUUCAUGGUGUACAAUGGGUAAUUUACAGUCAUUGUGGGGUAGGACGGGUGAUUUACAAUCUUCAUCGUAUACGAUGGGCAAUUUGCCUUUGGCUGUUAUACAUGUCUAUGGUGUACAGUAGUAGAAACAGAAUGUAGUUAUUUUAGCCCCUCAGGUCCAGGUUUCAGUAAGAUUCUGUCAUUUUUGUAAAUGCUAUUUUUCAUUCUCAUUAAGUGUUAUUUUUGACUUUUAUGUGCCACCAAACUGUACCUUGGUGAGUAAGAAUCGAUUGGAUGAUGAAGAAAAUAAAAUG